UGCAAAGAGUGUGGUAAAGUCUUUGAGCGGAAAAAAACCUUUAGUAACCACCAGAGAAUUCAUUUAAGAGUAAAGCCCUACAAGUGUAAAGAAUGUGAGAAGUCCUUCCGUUACCCAUCAUUGCUUUCCGAACACAAAAGAAUUCAUACAGGAGAGAAACCCUACAAGUGUGAGAUAUGUGGCAAGGCCUUCCAUUAUACUACAUUACUUUCUAAACACAAGAGAAUUCAUACAGGAGAGAAGCCGUACAAGUGUGAAAUAUGUGGCAAGGCCUUCCAUGUUCCGUCAUUACUUUCUAAACACAAGCUAACUCAUAUAGGAGAAAAACCCUACAAAUGUGAAAUUUGUGGCAAGGCCUUUCGUGCCCCAGUAUUGCUUUCGGAACACAAGAGAAUGCAUACAGGAGACAAACCCUACAAAUGUGAACUAUGUGGCAAGGCCUUCCAUUGUCCAUCAAGACUUUAUAAACAUAAGAGAAUUCAUAAGAAAGAGAAACCCUACAAGUGUGAGGUGUGUGGCAAGGCUUUCCAUUAUCCAUCACUACUUUAUGAACAUAAGAUAAUUCAUACAGGAGAAAAACCUUUUAAGUGUGAAGUAUGUAGCAAGGCCUUCCAUGCUGCAUCAUUACUUUCUGUACACAAGAGUCGUCAUACAGAAGAGAAACCCUACCAGUGUGAAGUUUGUGGCAAGGCCUUCCAUAUUUCCUCAUUACUUUCUUACCACAAGAGAAUUCAUACAGGAAAGAAACCCUAUAAGUGUGAAGUAUGUGACAAGGCCUUCCAUUAUCCAUCAGUACUUUCUAACCACAAGAAAAUUCAUGCAGGAGAGAAACCCCACAAAUGUGAAGUGUGUGGCAAGGCCUUCUGUUAUGCAUCAGUUCUUAAUAAACAUAAGAAGAUUCAUACAGGAGAGAAACCAUACAAGUGUGAAAUAUGUAGCAAGGCCUUCUAUUUACCAUCAGAACUUUCAGGACAUAAGAAAAUUCAUACAGGAGAGAAACCCUACAAGUGUGAAGUAUGUGCCAAAGCCUUCCGUUUGCCAUCAUUACUUUCAGUACACAACAGAAUUCAUACAGGAGAG